UGACAAAGGAAAGGGAAAAAAAUACAUUUUCCGGGAGGCUGUGGCGCAAGAGCCACUGGAGGUGGUUGGGCAGGGCGCCCCGACAGCUGCCGGGAGUCGUAGUCCCCCCUAGCCGCGUCGCCCAGGCGUCGCCCACCCGGCCUUGGCUGGGCAGACGCGCUUUCCUCUGUGGACGUGGCAAGGGGCGUCCGCGGGCUCCCGGCACGCGUUAGCCCCGCCCCGCGGGGGCCUUCGCGCGCGCUCAUUGGUCGGGAGGCGUGGCCUCUGCGCUGCGGGAGGCUGCCUGGCUGGAGCGCGGCCAGACUGGGCAUCUUUGGGAGCACUGAGUGGAGCGUGGAGAGUGAAGCGAAUCUGGAUAACGGGGGACCGAUGAUGUGGCGACCAUCACUUUUGCUGCUUCUGUUGCUGCUAAGGCGUGGGGCCCAGGGGAAGCCGUCACCUGACGCCGUCCCUCAUGGCCAGGGGAGGGUGCACCAGGCGACCCCCCUGAGCGAGGCCCCUCAUGAUGACGCCCACGGGAACUUCCAGUACGACCAUGAGGCUUUCCUGGGACGGGAAGUGGCGAAGGAAUUCGACCAGCUCAGCCCAGAGGAAAGUCAGGCCCGUCUGGGGCGGAUUGUGGACCGCAUGGACCGCGCCGGGGACGGUGACGGCUGGGUGUCGCUGGCCGAGCUUCGCGCGUGGAUCGCGCACACGCAGCAGCGACACAUACGGGACUCGGUGAGCGCGGCCUGGCACACGUACGACACGGACCGCGACGGGCGUGUGGGUUGGGAGGAGCUGCGCAACGCCACCUAUGGCCACUACGCGCCCGGUGAAGAAUUUCACGACGUGGAGGAUGCAGAGACCUACAAAAAGAUGCUGGCUCGGGACGAGCGGCGUUUCCGGGUAGCUGACCAGGAUGGGGACUCGAUGGCCACUCGGGAGGAGCUGACAGCCUUCCUGCACCCUGAGGAGUUCCCUCACAUGAGGGACAUCGUGAUCGCUGAAACCCUGGAGGACCUGGACAAGAAUAAAGAUGGCUACGUCCAAGUGGAGGAAUACAUCGCGGAUCUGUACUCGGCGGAGCCUGGGGAGGAAGAGCCGGCCUGGGUGCAGACAGAACGGCAGCAGUUCCGGGACUUCCGGGAUCUGAACAAGGACGGGCGAUUGGAUGGGAGUGAGGUUGGCUACUGGGUGCUGCCCCCGUCCCAAGACCAGCCACUGGUAGAAGCCAACCACUUGCUACAAGAGAGCGACUCGGACAAGGACGGGCGUCUGAGCAAAGCUGAGAUCCUGGGCAACUGGAACAUGUUUGUGGGCAGCCAAGCCACCAACUAUGGCGAGGACCUGACACGGCACCAUGAUGAGCUUUGAGUUCUGACGUGCUCCGCCACAGCCUCAGAGCCCCAUGGGACCCCCUGAGGAGGGGCGACAGUGGCCGGCCCCCUCCCUCUCCCAGCCCCGAGGGAUGCUGCUGUGUCCUCCUACCCCUGGGCUCUCAGGGAACCACCUGGGUCAGUUUCUCUCCUUGAGACAUUCCCAGUUCUCCCCACCCUGCCUCAGGGGCUCUCCCAGACCCAGAGUGUGAGUGACACUAAUUUCUGAAUGGUGGAAUCUUCCAGCCCAGACCCAGGGACCCUCACCCCAAACUCAGCCUCUAAGAGCCUCCGUUACACACCCCAGUUGCAAAUCUGAGUCCCUGCUCCUAACAGCCUGGCCAUAGACCCUCAGAGAAGAUCUAGAAAUGGGAGACACAAGAAAAGGAAUGGGGGGCCGGCCCGUGGCUCACUCGGGAGAGUGUGCUGCUGAUAACACCAAGGCCCCGGGUUCGGAUCCCAUA